CUCAGCACAAGCUGGCUUCAUUCUCUUCGAGAGUGUUUCCCAUUUAAACAAACACAGUGCUGAAGAUGGCGGAGAGUUAAUAGGGAAAGGAAGAAGCAAUUGGUGCGCUCACAGAGAUAUAUCUAUUUGGGUAGAAUACCAGUAGACCAGUCCAGGACCAUUAUCUGCAGGAGAGAAAUUGUCUCGUCCACUCUAGGCUCCGUCACAAGGAUGUGAAGUUCAAUGACGUUGGAUUUCAUAAUUUAUACUCUGCUGAAGAGGUGCUGAUAUGUGUACACGAUGAGCGGACUGGGGGACAACUCCAUGGAGCCUCUGAGCUCGGAAAACCGAAAACGCAAGCUUUCCACCUGCGACACGCCCGGUCUGGGGUGUGAGCGGAGACGGCGGGAGCAGGAGACUAAAUACAUCGAGGAGCUGGCCGAAUUGAUCUCUGCCAACCUCGGUGACAUCGACAGCUUCAACGUCAAGCCAGACAAGUGUGCCAUCCUCAAGGAGACGGUGCGCCAGAUCAGACAAAUAAAAGAGCAGGGCAAAGCGUCCUCCAAUGAUGACGAUGUACAGAAGUCGGACGUGUCCUCCACGGGACAGGGGGUCAUAGACAAAGACCACCUCGGGCCGCUUCUGCUUCAGGCCCUGGAUGGUUUUCUGUUUGUGGUGAACCGGGAGGGCAGCAUAGUGUUUGUGUCUGACAACGUGACCCAGUACCUGCAGUACAAACAGGAGGAGCUCAUCAACACCUCCGUCUACAACAUCCUCCAUGAGGACGACAGGGAGGAGUUCCACAAGAACCUGCCCAAGACCAAUGUUAAUGGGGUGUCCUGGGGUGGGGAGGCGCCACGUCAGAAGAGCCACACCUUCACCUGUCGCAUGCUGGUCAAGUUUGGCCACACCCACGGACCUGUGGAGGAGGGACCAGGAGGGCCGCGCUACGAGACCAUGCAAUGCUUCGCCUUGACCCAGCCCAAGGCCAUGAUCGAAGAGGGGGAAGACCUGCAGUCGUGUAUGAUCUGUGUGGCCCGUCGUGUGACUGCUGUAGAGAGAACAGAGAGCUUCAACACCCGGCACGAGCUCUCAGGUAAGCUGAUCCAGAUAGACCAGAACUCGCUGCGUGCGUCAAUGCGUCCUGGCUGGGAGGAUCUGCUGAGGCGCUGUAUCCAGAUGUUCCUACAGCACAGUGACGGACAACCCUGGUCCCACAAACGCCAUUAUCACGAGGCUUUCCUACAGGGUCACGCUGAGACCCCCCUGUACCGUUUUUCUCUCUCGGACGGAACCCCUGUUACGGCCCAGACCAAGAGUAAGCUGUAUCGCCACCCCAUGAGCAACGAGGCCCAGGGCUUCAUAUCCACCCACCUGCUACAGAGGGAGCAGCAUGGCUAUCGCUCUGCCCAGGGCGGGGGCAUGAUGCCAGGGCCUAUGAGGCAGCAGGGCAUGGGGGGCCCCAACCCCAACGCCCAGAUGAACAUGCCCCCUGGUGGAGGUAUGGGGGGUAUGAACCGGGGCUACGGGCCCAUGAACGAACAGAGCCACAUGGGACAGAUGGGAGGGGGUUCAAUGUACGGAGGGAAUGGAGGUGGUGGUGGCGGCAGGGGAGGCAUGGGCAACAGAAUGAUGCAGAUGAAUCAGAUGAAUCAGUUGAACCAGAUGGGCCAGAUGAAUCAGAUGGGUCAUCAGAUGAACCACACAGGUCCAGGGAACCACCCUGGCAUGCAGCAACAUCAGCACCCCCAGCAGCAACAUCAGCAGCCCCCCUUCCAGAGCAGUGGGGGGUAUGGACUGGGGGGUAUGAACAGCCCCUUGGGGAGUCCCCGGAUGAUUGGCCCCCAGCAGGGGCUCCUGAUGUCCCCCCGAAACCGAGGCAGCCCCAAGAUGGGUGCCAGUCAGUACUCACCUGGAGACAUGCACUCCCCCAUUGGCCCUCAUGGAGGAGGAGGUAGCACCUCUUUCUCCAGCAGCUCCCUCAACGCCCUGCAGGCCAUCAGCGAGGGGGUCGGGAGCUCCCUCCCGUCCACCCUCACCUCUCCCUCCCCGGCCAACAAACCAGACAGCUCCCCCAGCGUCCACUCCUCCUCUCAGUCCACCCAGCCCAGUCACCCUGCCAAAUCCGGCCCGGAUGACUCCAAAAGCCCAACAGGAGGCCUGGGUCCUGCGCCCAGCGUGCACCCCCUCCACCAACACCAUCACCACCACCCACACCACCAGUCCGAGAGCUCCGGAGACAGGUUGGACAGCCAGGCCCCGGCAGACAGCAAGGAGCCCAGAGAGGGGGCCAUCGAGGCUGGGGUGAGCUCAGAACCUACCCGGAGAGUCCCAGACGGUAAGGGCCAUAAGAAGCUGCUGCAGCUGCUGACCUCCCCCACUGAGGAGCUGGGGUUAGGGGGAACUGGCUCCGCCUUGCCCUCUAUACCUCCCCCACCAGGCAGCAGCAACACCCCAGCAGGGUCCGACACUAAGGACCCCAUAGGAAGCAUUUCCAGCCCUUCCUCUACUGGAGUAUCCUCCUCUUCCUCAGCCUCCACCAAUCAGGGCCAGGCGUCGGGCACGGCUCUGGCCAAUGCUCUGGCCUCUGCCCACUACACGGCGUCGCUGCAGGAGAAGCACAAGAUCCUCCACAAGCUGCUGCAGAACAGCAACACACCCGAUGAGGUGGCCAAGAUCACAGCCGAGGCCACUGGCAAGGUGACCCUGGGUGGCCAGGAAGUCCCAGGGGAGGUGGGGGCUGGAGGAGCAGGAGGAGUGACAGAGCCUAAGCAAGAGCAGCACAGCCCCAAGAAGGAGAAGACCCACGCUCUCCUCCACUACCUCCUCAACAAGGAUGAUACUAAAGAGCCAGUGGAUGUGAAACCCAAGCCUGAGGAGCUGGAAGGAAAGGGGCCCCCAGGAGCCACUGCCGGCCCCCCACCCAGAGGCCCUGGCGCUGGACCUGGCCCAACAGCUGAACACCCAGAGAGCAAGAUCAAGUCAGAGCCGCCUGAUGAGUUGGACAACCUGGAGUCCAUCCUGGGAGGUUUGAGGGGUUCUGGCUCUGAGUUCUACCCCGAGCAGGGAGGAGGAGGAGGGAACAAGGCCCAGGGUUGCCUCGACGAGAACCUGCAAGGGAGUUCGGGGAUGGCCCCUGGCCCACGAGGGCCCUUCCAGAGGGCCAUGUCAGCAGACGCCAAGCCUGGAGUGGUGGGGAGGCGCCCCAUGCUCAUCAAACAAGAGAACAUGAUGGGCAGCCCAGAAGGAUACCCAGGGAACAUGGGUGUUUGUCCGCGAGGCGUUGGAACAAGGCCGAUGAACAGGGGCAUGGGGGUUUCCCAGCGCUCUCCCAUGGGGGGGUCAGGGGAUUGGGGGAUGCCCCGCUCCUGCGCCAGCCCUGUGGGCUCAGCCGGUCACCCCUCCAUGAGCCGUCCUGGUAUGGACUACAACUCCAAAGGCAUGAUGGGAGGGCCCAUGGUGGGAAGGUCCAACAGUGUUCCUGGCACCAGAUCCAUGCUGCAGCAACAGCUAAUGGACAUGGGAGGUUCUGGUGAGAUGGGGAUGAGUCCGUUCGGUCAGCAGGUCCAGCCCAACCAGUCUCCGUCCUGGUCUGACAGUGUGAUGGGUAUGGAGGGAAACCACAGCAGGCGUCAGUUUGGAAACGCCCUGGAUGAGCUCCUGGCUCCGCCCACCACCAGCGAGGGCCAGAGUGAUGAGCGGGCGCUGCUGGACCAGCUGGACUCUCUGCUCAACAACACGGAUGGCAUCGCACUGGAGGAGAUCGACCGGGCCCUGGGCAUCCCCGACUUGGUCAGCCAGGGCCAGGGGCCAGAGCAGCAUGGUGAGCCCUUCCCCGGCCAGGAUCCUUCCAUAGUGCUGGAGCAGAAGCCUCUGUACGGCCAGGGCUACCCCGGACCCCCCUCAAUGGCCAUGCAGUCAGCCUACGGGGGGAGCCCUAUGCAGGGCCAGCCCCAACAGGGGGGCUUCGGCCCCAUGCUCUCCCAGAUGGGCCCAGGGGGCAGCUUCCCAGGGAUGGGAGGCAUGGGGGGUAUGGGUCACCCCCGUGCUAACAUGAUGAGACCCAGGAUGAUGAGCGCCACCAAACCCAUGAGGCUCCAGCUGGCGCAGAGACUACAGGGCCAACAGUUUAUGAGUCAGACUCGGCAGGGGAUGGCCAUGAAGAUGGAGAACCCUGGAGCAGGCAACCCUGGCUUGAGGCCGGGUAUGCAGCCUAGCAUGGGAGGACAGCCUGGCUUCCUGAAUGCCCAGAUGAUGGCCCAGCGUAGCAGGGAGAUGGUGACCAUGCAGAUGAGGAGACAGAGGAUGAUGAUGCUAAUGCAACAGCAACAGCAGCAGGCGGCAGCAGUGGCCGCUGCAGGGGGGUUCAGCCCCCCUCCCAACGUCACCGCCCCCGCCGGCAUGGACACCCCUAUGGGAGGCCCCAACCUGAGCCCCCAGCAGUUUGGCUACGGGGGAAACUACGGUAUGGCCCAGCAGGGUGACCCGUCGUUUGGCCCUGCGGGCAGCAGUCCCCCCAGCACCAUGAUGUCAGGCCGCCUGGGUCCUCAGAAUCCCAUGAUGCAACAGCAUCCCCAGGGCGGACCCAUGUACCAGAGCACUGACAUGAAGGGCUGGUCGCAGGGAGGCAUGGCCCGUAACAGCUCGUACCCCCAGCAGCAGUUUUCCCAACAGGGCAACCCGGGGCAGCAGCAGUUUGUCCAAACGGGCAACCCAGGACAGUACGGGGGCAUGAUGAUGAAUGGGGGCAUGCCUUCCAAUGGAGGGGGGGGGCAUAUGGGGCAGAUGGGGAUGAACCCCAUGGUGAUGGGACGUAUGCCGAUGGGGCCUGAUCAGAAAUAUUGCUGAACCUGAGACCAACGAGUGUGGUGGAACAGAACAGACUCACUGUGAUCCUUUCAGAGAGAUGAGUGCAGUGAUGUGUGUGUGUGUGUGUGUAGUACUCUACUCCCACCAGUUGGGGGUGCUGCUCUCUGGACUCGAGGCAAGUGUUGGCAGUCUCACAGCUGGAGGAAAAUAGACAGAGGACACACUAUUCUACUCUCACUUCUUGUACAUGAGACAUGCUAUGACACACACCAACACACACACACCCCAAAACAUCCAUGUAUCUAAAGACACACUGUGACACACAAACACACACAUACACAAACUGACGGAUCGAAAUUAGAAGACAUCCUCUCGUGGGAUGUGACUACCAUCAUGCCAAGUUCACCCCUGGCCAUGGGAAUUCUCUCUCUGCUUUGGAACGCUAUGAGAGAAGACAGUGUUUCCUAGUUCUGGUCCUGGAGGACCACCGUGUAUGCAGACCAUACAUCCCAUCCAGUCUCUGAAUCCACACUUAAUGAAUGAUAUAUAUAGUCCAUUGUUGGAGAAGGUGGGAGUUGAUUGUAAUCACUGAUACAUGGUCAGCUAUUUUCACAUCCUCCUAAUGAUUAAGAUUAGGGAACCCUGGUCCUAGAUCUGUGGUUAGGGGCAACUUCUACCUCUAUAAGCUAUAUUACUAUACUGAUGAGCAGACAUGUAGUCAAUAGCAUAUAGUCAAUUCAGAAGUACAACACCAGUCAAAAGUUUGGACACACCUACUCAUUCCAGGGUUUUUCUUUAUUUAACACUAUUUUCUGCAUUGUAGAACAAUAGUGAAGACAUCAAAACGAUGAAAUAACACAUAUUGAAUCAUGGAGUAACCAAAAAAAGUGUUAAACAAAUCAAAUUAUAUUUUCUAUUUGAGAUUCUUCAAAUUAGCAACCCUUUGAGUUGAUGACAGCUUUGCACACUCUUUGCAUUCUCUCAACCAGCUUCAUGAUGUAGUCACCUGGAAUGCAUUUCAAUUAAUAGGUGUGCUUUGUUAAAGUCCAUUUGUGAACUUUCUUUCCUUCUUAAUGCGUUUGAACCAAUCAGUUGUGUUGUGACAAGGUAGAGGUGGUAUACAGAAGCUAGUCCUAUUUGGUAAAAGACCAAGUCCAUAUUAUGUUAAAAUAAGCAAAGAGAAACGACUGUCCAUCAUUACUUUUAUGAUUUAACCUUUAGGUCAGAGAGGAAAGGAAGAUCCAGAGUUACCUCUGCUGCAGAGGACAAGUUCAUUAGUGUUACCAUCCUCAGAUAUUGCAGCCCAAAUAAAUGCUUCACAGAGUUCAAGUAACAGACACAUCUCAACAUCAACUGUUCAGAGGAGACAGCAUAAAUCAGGUGUUCAUGGUCAAAUUUCUGCAAAGAAAUCACUACUAAAGGAUACCAAUAAAAAGAAGAGACUUGCUUGGGCCAAUAAACACGAGCAAUGGACAUUAGACCGGUGGAAAUCUGUCCUUUGGUCUGAUGAGUCCAAAGGAGGAGGAGAAGGUGUGAUGGUGUGGGGUGCUUUGCUGGUGAUACUGUCAGUGAUUUAUUUAGAAUUCAAGGUACACUUAACCAGCAUGGCUACCACAGCAUUCUGCAGCGAUACGUCAUCACAUCUGAUUUGCGCUUAGCGGGACUAUCAUCUAUUUUUCAACAGGAUGGCUACCCAACACGCCUCCAGAAUGUGUAAGGGCUAUUUGACCAAGAAGGAGAGGGAUUGAGUGCUGCAUCAGAUGACCUGGCCUCCACAGUCACCCGACCUCAACCCAAUUGAGAUGGCUUGGGAUGAGUUGGACCACAGAGUGAAGGAAAAGCAGCCAACAAGUGCUCAGCAUAUGUGGGAACUCCUACAAGAUUGUUGGAAAAGCAUUCCAGGUUGGUGAAGCUGGUUGAGAGAAUGCCAAGAGUGUGCAAAGCUGUCAUCAAGGAAAAGGGUGUCUACUUUGAAGAAUCUAAAAUAUACUUUGAUUUGUUUAACACUUUUUUGGUUACUACAUGAUUCCAUAUGAGUUAUUUCACUGUUAUUCUACAAAAUAGAAAAUAGUAAAAAUAAAGAAAACCCCUGGAAUGAGUAGGUGUGUCCAAACUUUUGACUGGUGCUGUAAGUAAUUAAGAGGCAGCAUACAUACACAGUGGACCUGCAGGAGACUGGGUUAAGGUACGACAGAAAUUAAUUCUAGUUGGCUGUGAUUGCACUUUACGGAAAGGCUGUCGUCAAAAUGAUUGUGGCAAUAUUUAUUGGUCAUAGAGGCCUUUACCCAAGAAUUAAUGCAUAACAGCAAAUCUUGUUAAGUUUUUAUUUUAUUUUUGUGUUUGUCAGAGGAUGGAGACUAUUAUGAUUAGAAAUGGAUUACUGUGACGAUCAUUAUUCUAAAUGGUUAACCAAUGGAAAGGCAGUAAGCACAGAUUUUGUAGAACACUUUCUUCUGCAGUGUGUUGAUUAUGGGGAUGUUAGUGGAUGAAAAAGGUUCAGAUUAUUAAAGUAGAUCCUUAAAAUGUACUGACCUAUUUCAGAGUGCACAGUUACCCUCAUAUUUAUACAUCUAUUCAUAAAUGUAAAUAAGCAUUUUAAAAACGAAUGUGUAUAUUGUAUUUUUAAGGAGGAAUUUGUAAGAUUUACAUCUUGGUUACCUCAUGGAACACUUAAUAGAGAUGUGUUGCCAGUUAAUGAAUGAGUUGAUUCCUAAAGUAAUCCACACACUGUGAAAGAAAGGGUUUCCCCCAAUUUUAGUGUAUGUUUAUGCAGAUUUCUAGCAAUAAUCCUUCCUCUUGGUUCUCCUGUGAGGGCAAAGUGAAGCACCAUUUACUCAAAGCGAUGGUACUGCAGUAUUAGGAUGUGACUCGUCUCAUUUGGAAUUUUUGCUUUUGUCUGUGAAUACAAAUGUAAAUACGCUUCAAAUGUAUUAUAUAUAUAUAAAUAUAUGCUUUUGUAGGUCACAUACUGUUUUUGCAGAGAUUGUAAGGCUUGAUAUUUAAAGUAUAAUUUUAUUAUUCUGUCGUAGGUCAAAAUAACUUUUAUUUUCAAUACAAAAGGAAGGGGGUCUUUCUUUGAUCAAAACUGAAAAACUUUGGUUCAGUUUGCCUCAGAAAGCUACAACUGCAUCUUUUGUUCUUUCAGAAGCACUUUUUAAAAUGUGUGAUCUAUAAAUCAUAUAUUUCUCUUUUUCAAAGGCAUUUGCAUAGAUUUAGAGGUGCUUGUGUGAUCCUGUCAUUUUCUAUCAAUAGAUGUUUAAUUCAAAAGAGCAAACAAACACACACAAUGCCUAAAAGAGGUGACAUGUGAUUGUGUUAGACUUAGGGGGGUCCAUGUUUCUUACCAGUGUGUGGAUUGAUAUUUUUAGAUAGGGCCCUAUGAGUUCAAUGGCUCUAGUUCCAUUCCUUAUAAUUCCAUACUCUGUUAUUGGCUAGGCUACUUAGCAGCAACUAUGUGCUCACAGAUAGGCUAUUAAAGACCACCCAAAAGCCAUUGCAAUAUCAAUACUGCUUUUCUUCCCUUCGAUUGGGCACAGAUGCUGGGUUGUGGUGGUCAGUUUUACUGUAUGUAGGUUUUUGUGUUACGGUCUUCAACACUGCGGUUGGUUCUAUUUGUGGCUUUACUUUUUGAAGUCAGCUCAUAUUUAGGGAGGCUGUCGGGCUACACUAGAUGGUGAUUUGGAUUCCCUCCCUCUCUCUGUCUGAUCCUUGAAGGUUAUUUGGGGACAUUUUACAUGAUUUUAUGUUGAACCUUGAUUUUUCCUUGAUUUUGUAACAUUUUCUGUGAAGCUUUGUGAGAAAUCUUUUUAAGAUGUGCUCAAUCCAAAGAUUUGUGUUUUGUCAUUCUGCAGUGCUUAGAACCCGGUCCUAGAUGGUGCAAGUAAGCUAUUCAUGUGUGCAUUUCUCGGCUGCACACCCUACAUAGAAUAUGUUUGAAUUUAUGUAUUCCCAUUCCUACAAAACAGAGUUAACAUGGGUCUGGUUCUGCUGAAGUGAUUUUAAUCUUGUUUGUGAUUGUUGUUUUUUUGUUUCUUUGUUUUAUCUCUUAAAAUCUAUGGCCAGUUCUAAGUUGUGGUGCUGGAAACGGUUAUUUCAUGAGAUUGACCACUCAGAGAAGAAGCUCUUUAGUGGCACUAACCUGUGUGGUGAUACAAAACUAUCCCAUGGACUCUGAAGAUGACGGAUCGCUAUCUAUCUUUUAACACAAUGGAGAAUGUCUUCAAGCUGUUUUAUGGAAACAUUUUGGAAUAGCCUAGAGUGAAUUUUCAGUCUUGAUGAAGUAUAUUGAAAAAGAUUGAUCUACCGAAUAUUCAAAAGAACUAUGUUCUGUGCUUUUGCUUUUAAAAAAAGUAUCCCUCUCGAUUUAUCCUUUGAUUUAAAUGAAAAGAGAGGGGAAGAAAAUAUAAAAUGCUUGGGAAAAUAUACAGUCAUAAUUUCAGGAUGUAAAUUACUGUUGCAUUUUUUUCUUACUUGUUUCUUGAUGUUAAUAUUGAUGUAAAUACAAAUUUCUAUUUAAACAUUA